AUGCUUACGCAACUUUUCGUUGCAGCAGUCGUGCUGCUAGUAUCCUACCUCUACAGCAAGAUUCGGUUCAAGAGACUGCGCCAGUUCGCCCGCUUUCCCCAGCUGCCUCCUUCGGUGCUUCUUGGACAUCUUCAGACUGUUGACAAGUUCGUUAAGCGCUCUGAACCUGAGGCUCAUCCAGAUGUCGCUUUUGCGGCUAUGCAUGAGGCCUUAGGCCGCCCACCUGUCAUGUUUGUGGAUCUUCGUCCUAUAGCUUCACCUAUGCUUGUUGUAGCUAGCUAUAAGAUCGCGGAGCAGAUUGCAAAGCCGUCAGACGGUUUUCCUCACAGCCCCCCAAAAGUACCAGAGAUAUGGAACCAUAUGGUCCAUCUCAGCGGGCCAACAUCAAUCGCGUCUUCCAAGGGUGAAGAAUGGAAGGCACUUCGCAAGAGAUUCAACCCUGGUUUUGCUCCGCAACACCUUCUCAGCCUUCUGUCAGCUAUUGUGCACAAAGCAUCCAUCUUUGUAGAUCGCCUUAACGAUCUCGCACGUAGUGGAGAUGAAUUCCUUCUCCAACGCCUCGCUACAGAUCUGACCCUCGACAUUAUAGGAGAUCUAGCACUUGAUGCCGACAUGACCGCAAGGCCGGCGAAGUUGACUCGUGAUUUCCAGGAGCUUAUACAGACCUACACCAGCGAGCAGAUUGAUUUGCCGUGGUGGUUCACGCCUCGCCUGGAGUGGAAACGCAGCAGCCUUGCUACGCAGGUCCGAAACACACUCCAGGCCAUUGUUCAAAGCAGUCACGCCAAAUACGAUCGGAGCGCUAAUAGGCCCCGAAGCAUACUCUCUAUGAGUCUUGAGGAUAUAGAUAUCCUGUCACCAAAAUUACUCGGUACAACAUGCGACCAGCUAAGCACUUUCUUAUUUGCUGGCCAUGACACCACCAGUACCACUAUAGCAUGGAUGCUCUAUGAGGUUUCGCGCACACCCCACGCCCUGCACGCAGUGCGUACUGAGCUUGAUGAGCUGUUUGGCACGGACCCGAACCCGGCGGCAGUGGCUGCUCGUUUGCUCUCGCCGGGCGGGGAGGAGCUUGUCAACCGCAUGGUCUACACAUCAGCCGUCAUCCGAGAGACGCUUCGAUUAUGGCCCCCCGGCGCUACAUCACGUAUGACUAGGCCAGGGGAGGGGCUCAGAGCUACUAUGUGUACCUCUGAAGGUGAAACCUGCGAGCUAGACUUGGACGGGAUGAUGCUCUAUCACGUCCCUUAUAUCAUCCAGAGGGACCCGGCCGUCUAUGGCGAGACGGCUAACACUUUUGUGCCGGAACGCUGGCUCCGGCACGACGCUGCCGACAGCAUCCCUGCUGGUGCUUGGAGAGCGUUUGAGAGGGGCCCGCGCAACUGUAUCGGCCAGGAGCUGGCGACGAUAGAGGCGCGUGUCGUGAUGGCGCUGGUGGCUCGGCGCUUCGAUUUCUCCAAGGUGGGCAUCGGAGCGGCCAUCCUUGAUGGCGCCACUGGCCAGCCUGAAGUCGGCGCCGAUGGCCAGUACAAGGUCGCGGAAAAGAUGUACAAUAAAUGUGAUGGCUUUGUGUCUGCUGGACCUGAGCCGAAGGUUGUCGAGGACCACAAGCUCAACAAGGUUUACCUGCUGAAGAAGUCCGUCGCUGUAUGGAGACCGACCCAGACACAUAUAUUCAAGCAUGUACGCUUCAUGGGCGGCAAGAGCAGGCCGAAUUCAGAAAGCGCCAUCAUCCGGCGAGGCUUCCUAGAGAAUGAGGUGCGCGUCGAGAUGGCUCCUGAGAGAGAGAGUUUGCUGGGGAUCCUGCUGCGCCCCGGCGGUUGCAGCUACUGGCUAUUGGUGUGGGUGAGCACCAUAUUGUGCUACAUGCACCCCGACUGUGUUGUUGAGGACGGGUUCACGCCGGAGCGGAAUAACAUUACCUUGAAAAGCAUGCCUGCUAUUUCUGUCCAUGUUCAAGAUCAAUAG